AUGAGAGCCGACGCUCUGCAGACUGGAGACCUCAGCCUCACUCUGAGGAACCCUACAGUCUCUGACAGUGGAACCUACACCUGCACCACCCGGAAGUAUGGACGAGAUCUGAGGCGGACAGAAGUAUACCUGAGGGUCAAAGAACCUCCACUCUGGCCCAGAGUCCUCGCAGGUGCCCUGCUUCUCCUGGUUGUCCUGAUUGUUGCCUUUGGCGUCAUCCUGUAUUGUGAACAUAAAAGGCUUAAGACUGUAGAAGAUGAACAGAUUCAAGUUUGUGGAAUCACCCGUUUCAUGUUUCUCUCCUCAGUUUCUCAGCAUGCCUCAGGUGUGGAGGUGUAUGAGGGGGUGGAUUCUGUCCUGCUGCCCUGUCAGGUAGCAAAGGAUGUUUCCAGCAACACCACAGCAGCAGUGUGGGACCGUGAUGAGUUCAAGAAGCCAACAGUCCACGUGCGUCUGCAGAGCGGAGAUGAGCUGAAAGAACAAAACCAUCGUUACUCCAACCGAACAUCAAUGAGAGCCGACGCUCUGCAGACUGGAGACCUCAGCCUCACUCUGAGGAACCCUACAGUCUCUGACAGUGGAACCUACACCUGCACCACCCAGAAGUAUGGACGAGAUCUGAGGCGGACAGAAGUAUACCUGAGGGUCAAAGAACCUCCACUCUGGCCCAGAGUCCUCGCAGGUGCCCUGCUUCUCCUGGUUGUCCUGAUUGUUGCCUUUGGCGUCAUCCUGUAUUGUGAACAUAAAAGGCUUAAAACUGUAGAAGCUCAACUCGUCAGUAACCCAAGGCAGACAUGGCUUCGCUGGCCAUUUGGACAAAGAUGACUCCUUUCCUUCGGUGAGAAAUCGAAGAGUUUGAGGGGUCUGUUAGUCCGAAUGAAGAACGAGGAGCUGAUGGGUGAGGAGAAGACGUGAAGCUCACACCUCCACUCUGACAAGAUCAUGUAUGUUUCUGCUGCUCAGUGAAGCUCAGUGAUGGUCUGAGAACACGAGCUUGAAGAUGUUUGUUCUUUCUUUACUAACAGCUAACGAAUAAGCCUCAGUGAGAUGUUCUACCUGGAACAUGUUUCCACAUGGAAGGUUCCCUGUAACGUUAUGUCUGCAGAGACGAAGCACAGAGUACAGAGUGUGAGAGGAAGCUUGUUCACCAGUCUGACAUUCAAACAUUCACACCAGGCUGACACUGUGUGGACACUUCACAAGGAAAAUAUGAGCUCUGUUUUUAGUCUGAUACAAGAAUACAGUUGUUUACUAAAUCAUGUCACAGGAUCUGUUAUUGAUGCUCAUCAGAAAGUUUAGGCCUGGGUCACCUCACUGAGGUCUAAGUGAUAGUCUGGGAAUGUUGAUGCCAUUUUCCAAAGAAAUGAUUGUUCAGGAGGAGGUGACUGUGAGAUAGAAAGCUCAGAGUUAUUGCACCUGCUGUCUGGAACAGGACCCAGAUGUUUCUCCAACAUUAUAACCUCAUAUAAUGACGACUAUGCAGAGCGUGUUGUUCCUCAGACAAAAGCUGCAGACUGUCAGGAACCAUCAGAGCUUCAGACCAGAUCAGCUUUUUGAUUUUUAACAAACCACAGAAAAGAAGAAUAUGCUUUCAUGAUUAAAUAGGAAGUGGUUCCAAGGAUGUAUGUAUGCAGCAGCAAAUCCACAACAAAGGUUUGAAAACUGAAUAUCAAAAAUCCAAACUACAGCAGACAACCUGACAAAGAAUUGAGAGGAAAAUGAGACACAGGUCAACAGGAUCAAACUAAUAAGUCACAGGGGAACUAAACACAAUGCACAAACUACACAGGCUAUGAAAUCAAACACAUUAGUGUAACAGGAAAUGUAACCUCAUUGUAUUUUAGUCACGGUGCAUUCAGAACAUUUGUUUAUCUAUCUGUGAGGGUUUACUGACAGAAAGUAGACGAUGACUGUGUGUGUGGACCGCUCACUUUACUGUCUGCUUCGUCUUUACAUGAAACCUAUGUGCUCAUGAAUUCUGCUUUUCAAUUCUUCCAUUGGACGUAUUUGAGGAAAAUGAUGGUGUCUGAGCUGUUUCUCAUCUUCAGCUUCAUAAUAACAGAUUCUCUGAGGGGUUCAGGUCAGGAGAGCUGACCAGUCAACCACUGUAAUAAGCGUUUGGUUUAGUUUGGCUGUGAGCAGCUUUUUAAUAAAGACUUUGAA